AUGGCAAUGGUAAACAAUAAAACACACUGUUUUACAUGUAAUAAAGAAAAAAUUACAUAUCCCUGUGAAGGAUGUGCAAAAAAAUUCUGUUUAAUACAUUUAACUGAACAUCGUCAAAUAUUAACUAGUGAAUUACAUCAUAUUACCGAUGAAUAUAAUGAAUUUAAACAAAGAAUUAAUGAACAAAAACAAAAUUCACAUAAUCAUUUAUUAAUAAAUCAAAUUAAUCAAUGGGAAAUAGAAUCACUUGAAAAAAUUCAACAAAAAGCACA